AAAUAAAGAUAACAAUAAUUGAAUGAACAUAGAAUUGUCGUUAUCGUAAAAAUUAAUUAUUAAUUUGACAUAAAACACAACUUAUAUUAACUUGCAUUGAGGAAUAACGAACGUUAACAUUAUGAAAUACAUUCUCGCUUUAUUUAUAUAUUUUGUUGUUUUACAGAAUCGAGUGUUAUCAUCGGGAUACGAAGAUAUACAAAGAUAUGAAGAUGCACCGCAACGUUUUAAUAGUAACGCAGAAAGUUUUGAAGCAAUAAAGGAACAAAAUGAUCAGUACUUGAUUGAGAGCAUGGCUGGAGAUCCAACAGAUUUGAUGGGUUCUAAUGUUCAUUUCCGACAAUCGGGAACUUAUGACGACUUCGGUAGACGUUUGUUAUUCUUUAGUGAUGAUGGAAAUAGAAAAAAAUCAAUUUCGGAAAAUGACAGCUUAACACCCAUGAAGGCACCUCCAGAAUUAGUGAUGGCGUUGGCGAAAUUGUCCGCAACACGUCAAGCAAAUACUGUAGUAGAUCCUAUGGAAGAAUUGGCCAAAAGAUCAAUCGUAAGGACUGGGGAGUAUUGGGACGGCGUUUGGAAGGAAGACGUUGAAACACCUACUAAUAACGUAUUAAGAUCUAUAGAUAAGUCCAAAAUUAAACCAGUUCCUGGCAUUGGCAUAGUUAAAGCGAAAGUGGCUCCUGGAUCCAAAUUAUACCGAUUGAUAUCCGUGCUGCAACAAUUUUCACCGCGACUACUCUACGUAGUCAAUAAGGAACAAGGGAAAUGAUUUUAACAAUUAUAAUAUCGGUGAAUAA